GAGCUGAUGCGGCCUGUCCCCAGUGUCGUCGCGGAGGGUUUGCCACCCGGAAGCACCUCCGGCUCUCACCCCGGCCCUGGGUCUGUGUCUGCGAUGUCUCUGCUUCACGCGCUGGGUCCUGUGCAGACCUGGCUGGGACAGGAACUGGAGAAAUGUGGCAUCGAUGCCAUGAUUUACACGCGGUAUGUCCUCAGCUUGCUGCUUCACGACAGCUACGACUAUGACCUGCAGGAACAGGAGAAUGACAUCUUCCUGGGCUGGGAGAAGGGCGCCUGUAAGAAAUGGGGAAAGAGCAAGAAGAAGUCUUCAGACCUCACGCUGGAAGAAAUGAAAAAGCAGGCAGCAGUCCAGUGUCUCCGUUCUGCAUCCGACGAGAGCUCAGGCAUCGAGACGCUUGUGGAGGAACUGUGCUCCCGGCUGAAAGACCUGCAGAGUGAGCAAGAAGAGAAGAUUAACAAAAAACUGGAAGGAUCUCCCUCCCCGGAAGCAGAGCUGUCCCCAACAGCGAAGGAUCAAGUGGAGAUGUACUAUGAAGCGUUCCCUCCACUCUCUGAGAAGCCCGUCUGCCUGCAGGAGAUCAUGACCGUGUGGAACAAAUCCAAAAGCUCUUCUUACUCCAGCUCUUCGUCGUCAUCCACAGCCCCGCCAGCCAGCACCGACACAUCCUCUCCCAAGGAGGGUCCCAGCGAGAGCGAGGCCACCAGGGCGAGGGGCCGGGGUGCGCCCUCCCGCCCCCACGACGGGGCACUGGGCCGGAGCCCGAGCCAGCCCGAGGCUGGGCCGGAGGAGCUGCCAGCGCCUUCCGCAAAACAGGGCCGGCACCGGCCCGAGGGCAAGGCCCGCCCCCGCUCCUGGUCCUCCGGCUCCAGUGAGGCCGGCUCCAGCUCCAGCGGGCCCCUGGGAGAGCCCCGGGGACCCACCAAGUGCGUCCGAGUGCGGCACCGGGCCCGGGAGGCACGCAGCAAGAAGGGGCGAAGCGGGCAGGGCCGCCUCCCAGGCAGGGCGGUGGAGAGGGGCGUCCGUGCGGGCAGCAGCAGCAGCAGUGGCGGCGGCUCCAUCAAGCAGCUGUGCAGACGCGGCCGGAGGCCCCCGAAGGAGCCGGGGCGCAGGGACGGCGGCCCCGAGCGCCCGGAGCUGUGUGCCGAGGGCCGGGCCGAGCAGGAGUACAAGGAGGAGCCGCUCUGGUACACGGAGCCCAUCGCCGAGUACUUCCUGCCCUCCAGCAGGAAGAGCAAGCUGGAGACCACCUACCGCCACCGGCCGGAGCCCAGCCUGCUCCUCGCGGACGCUGGGGGCGAGCUGGCGGAGGCCGUGCGUGGGCUGUGCGUCGGUGGUGGCCCCCACGGGGCGUACCUUCCCGCCGGCACCUUUGUCGACGGUCACUUUGUGGAGAUGCCUGCAGUGGCCAGCGAGGCCAUCGGCCUCACUGGAACGUCGUUCUGUUCUCCUUCGGAGGACACGCAUCUCACAGAUGACAUUCAUCUGUCAGAAUUCACGCACUUCUAUGAAGUGGACAUUGAGCGAUCCAUGUUGGAUCCUGGUGCCUCAGAAACAAUGCAUGGAGAAAGUCGGAUCCUGAACAUGCUCCGAAAGAAAGGCAGCGAGCAGGCGGGCCUCGAGGCCGAGUGUUGUAUAGUGUUUGACGGAAUGGAGUUGGAAGGGGAGCGUGCAAUAUGGGCCGAGCCUGCCGGCCCGGGGGCCGCCGAGGGCCUGCUCCUGCGAGGGACCGCGGAGGGCCUGGCCCACUUCUGGGACUGCAGCUCGUCCAGCUCGGGGGACGCUGACGCCGAGAGCUUCGGGGGAGACUCACCAAUCCGGCUCUCUCCGCUCCUGGACGGGUCCGUGCUCGGCCCACACCUGCUGGCCAGCGGCCAGGAGCUCUUCUCGGACAUUCGUGAAGGAUCUGGCAUCAACUCUUGUUUUUCGGUGUUUGAAGUGCAAUGCAGUGAUUCUGUCCUGCCGUUUUCUUUUGAAACACUCAACUUGGAAAAUGAAAAUGCAGACUCUAGUGCUGCCGUGCUCGGGAAGACCCGGUCGCGACUGCUCAUGUGGACCAGAAACAGUGCCUUUGACGAGGACGGACACUGCUCCAACCUCUCCACGAGGACCUGCAGCCCCUGCUCCCACUCGGACACGGAGACGCUGAGCGGCCAGCUGGAAGAGGCCGUGAGCUACGUGGUUCCCGCUGUGUCCUCGCAUUACGGUGACGAGGAGCUGCUCGAGUUCCUGCAGGACGAAGCUUGCCAGACGCCCUGCAGGACUCUGGGCCCCAUCCCCACCUUGGUUUCCAAGAGGAAGUCGAAGCUGGAGUCUGUCUGUGGAAUCCCACUUGAACAGCAGCCAGGAAGCAGAGACGUGGCCAGCCCACCGCCAUGCGGAGGCUGCACUCCACCUGGGGACAGCCACCGCUCGGGGCCCAUGAAGGGCAUCUGGACCCCAGUGGCCACAGUGGAGACAGAUGUGAUGGGCAGCGAACUGUUCUCUGCCAACGUGAAUAAGUACUGCUGCUGUGUGGACACCGAGACCGAGGGCCUCCAGGAGCCCCAAAAAGCCGUGCAGAGGUCGGAAUACCGCCUGUGGGAGGGCCAGAGGGGUGGCCUGCAGAAGCCGGUGGAGAUGGAUGCGGGGGACUACACCACGCCCUCCAGGCCCUGGGAUGUGGCUCAGGAGAAGGAGAGUGCGUUCAUCCUGGGGGGUGUGUAUGGGGAGCUCAAGGCCUUCGGCAGAGAUGGAGAGUGGGCCGUGGUGCCGCCUGGCCCCGCAAGGGGCAGCCUGCUGCAGUGUGCCGCCUCGGACGUGGUGACCAUCGCCGGCACCGACGUCUUCAUGACACCCGGAAAUAGCUUUGCUCCAGGCCACAGGCAGCUGUGGCGGCCUGUGGUGUCCUUUGACCAGAAUGACCCGCCCAGGAGCGGAGAGUGCGGCUGGGACAAGGGGUUUUCCUUCAUCUUCCACGAAGACUUGCUGGGCGCAUGCAGCAGCUUCCAGAUGGAAGACCCAGGCCUUGAGUGUCCACUGUCAUCCCUGGACCUGAGCGGUCCCCUCUCCCAGGUCCUGCACGUCGAGUGCGCCUUGGAGCCUGAAGGGAUUGCGUCCUUCAGCCCCAGUUUCAAGCCCAAGUCCAUCCUCUGCUCUGACUCGGACGGUGAAAUGUUCCAGCCCAGAACCUGCGGCGUGGACCGGACUCAGUACAGGGCCAUCCGCAUCUCUCCUCGCACCCACUUCCGUCCCAUCUCUGCGUCCGAGCUGUCCCCAGGAGGAGGGAGUGAGUCCGAGUCAGAGAAAGAGGAGGGCAGUGUCCCCGUCCUCCCGCAGGCUGACGCCUUCCAGGACCCCCAGGCUGACCUGAAGCCUCUGGAGGAGGAUGCGGAGAAAGAAGGCCAUUACUAUGGGCAGUCGGAGCUGGAGUCCGGCAAGUUUCUGCCCAGGCUGAGGAAGUCUGGGAUGGAGAAGAGUGCGCAGACCUCGCUCGAUUCCCAGGAGGAGGCGGUCGGGGGCCCCACGGCAGGAAAGCCGGGGCCGUGUCUGGAAUGCAGCGAGAGGGAGGCCCCGCAGGGGCCACGAGGAGGCCCGGAUGCAAACUGCAGAGUCAUGGCGCCGUGCGAGGAGGAAGCGGGUCCCUUCUGCAGCUGCAGGGCCGGCUGCCAGCUCCCUGCUUUUGAGGAUAAUCUGGUGUCUCCUGGCCAGCUGGACGAGUUUCCUGCAUUGAACACGGACGUGCAGGGGACAAGGAGACGCCAGGAGAAGCCGAGCUGGUGGGGAAAGGCCUUAUUUUCACCCCUCUUCCCUGCGUCUGAGUGUGAAGAAUGCUACACCAGUGCCAAGGGGGAGAGCAGUCUGGAAGAAUACCAAGACGCUAAAGACACGGCCAGUCACGAGCACCCGCUGGACUUCAACAGGGUGUCAUCCAUGUAUGAGGCCAGGUGCAGCGGGGAGAGGCUCUCUGGGGUGCAGGUGCACGGCUUUCGCAGAAAGGUGGGCGAGGGCCUGGACAGAGAGCUGAGACGGCCGGAGCGGAGCCCGCAGUUAAGCCCUGGGCUGUUGGAAGUAGACUAG